UGAACCAAGAGCCCUGCCUGCGCGUCACUAGAUGGAACACCCUGGAGUGGCCUUCCUCGCCCGUCCCUGCCCCCUGCCCAGUGACGCAGCCCAGCCCCACCAACUCCUCUCAGUCCCACCCGGGAGCAGUGGGGGCCUCCCGGACCCUCUCAGCUUUUCCCACCGGGACCCCCUGGCCAAGGAGAAGUCCAGCAGUCUUCUGACAAGGAAUGGUUCGUCCCUCUGCUGCCGAGGAAGAGCGUGAUGCUGGUUUUGCAAAGCAUUCUGCAGAGCCCACCCAGUUGCCUUGGUGUUAAAACGAAGAACGUUUCCAAGAAUGGAGAUCCAGUGAACAGAAGGGAGAGGAGAGGUUUGGGUGGCCACGCUCCAUAAGCCCUGAAUGGACGGGAAUGGGGGAAGCGGCCUGCUUCCGGAGGCCACGCCAGGCAGCAGGUGCUGGCUUCCUCGUUAAAGCGCUCCUCCUCCUCCUCCUCCUCCUCUUUUGUAGGCACGUUGAUUCCCACUGCAAGAUCUUGCGCUGCAACUCUGAGUACGUGGCCUCCACCCUCAACUUGCGUGGCCCCGGCAAGAGCUCGGCCUACUGCAAUGCCUUACGUGCCUACUCCCGCUGCACCCGCCGGACAGCCCGCACCUGCCGCGGGGACCUUGCCUACCAUUCUGCUGUCCACGGCAUUGAAGAUCUCAUGAUCCAGAACAACUGCUCCAAGGAAGGGCCGACCUCGUCACCCCGGCGCCAGGCACCGGCACCCAGCCCGCAAGGCUUUGAAUCCCUGGACUUCUGUGAUUAUGAGAAGAGGUUUGCCUUUCGGCACGGCCGGCCACCUCUCUACCAGCACUGUGCCACGUUUGGGGACCCCCACGUGCGGACCUUCGGCGAUGAAUUCCACACCUGCCGAGUGGAGGGCUCCUGGCCCCUCCUAGACAACGAGUACUUAUUUGCACAGGCCACAAGCUAUCCCGUGGCAAAAGGGUCGAAUGCCACGGCCACUAGCAAGCUGACGAUCAUCUUUAAGAACAUGAAGGAGUGUAUUGACCAGAAGGUGUACCAGGCAGAAAUCGACAACUUGCCGGCAGCUUUUGAGGACGGUUCCAUGAAUGGUGGAGAGAGGCCCGGAGGGAACAGCCUGACUAUCCACGAACACAUUCCUGGGCGGCACGUGGAGAUCCGAGCAGCAUACAUCGGCACCACCAUCGCCGUGCGCCAGGCGGGGAGGCAGCUGUCCUUCUCCAUCCGGGCAGCCGAGGAGGUGGCCCACUCCUUCACGGAGGAGCAGGACCUGCAGCUGUGUGUGGGGGGCUGCCCUCCCAGCCAGCGCAUCUCCCGGGGCGAUGGCUGCUACAGUGGUGGCCGCGUCACUGCGGAUAAGGCUCACCUGUUGUGCAAGGAGAAACUGCCCGUGGAGGAUGUCUACUUUCAGUCGUGCGUCUUCGAUGUAGUGACUUCCGGUGACGCCAAUUUUACUUUGGCUGCACACGGUGCGCUGGAAGAUGCCAAGAUGUUCCACCCAGACGCCAAGAAACUUCACAUCUUCCAAAACAAUGCGGCCUGUGCGCUCGGCGGCUCAUACCCCCUCCUCUUCCUCCUCAUCGCGUCCAUCGUUUGUGUUUUUCCCUGUAUUGUGUUUUCCCUUUGUUAACUGGUUGUGAAUUAUAUUGUGCCUCUUCAAGAUGUUGGCUUACGGGCUUGGUUUCCUAGAAUGGCAUCUGUUGGCAGAGGCAGGGCACUGAAAGGUGGCAUGGGAAUGCUGUGAAGGGCAUGGACUGAGAGGGGGACAGCGUCUAGAAGCUGUGCUAGAGAGGGAGCAAGCUGAGGGCCCGACUACACGAGAUGCCAUACCCGGGGUGGUCCCGGGGACGUGUCUCCAUUUGGUCACCCUGGGGAAAAUAAUCUAAGAUCACCACGGGGAGGUGAUUCUGGUUGGGACCACCAUGGUGUGUGGGGGGCAGGGGCUCCCCUCCCCAAGCUAUUUUUUUGAACCAAGAUGUUGCUGGGCCGUGGGGAGGGGGGGCAAAUAUGCCCAGAAACAGGCCUCCACAGCUCUCGUAAACGGCUUUCCUCCCGGGAUGGCAUCUCUUCCUCUUUGGCCCUGAGAGCCAUUAACCGCCGGCCCAUGCUGGGCUGGAACUCUUUGCAGGGCUUUGAACACGGAAGGCCGCUCUGGCGCAGCAGCUGAGUUUGGCUUUCUGCUCGUUCCUGCUGGAAACCAGGACUCUGCAGCCACUUACGGAAGCCCCGAGUGGUCCAUUCACAGGAAGCCUUGUUGUGCACCGUCAACAUGUCAAGGAAAUGCCUCUUUAUUUCCGUAACGGACCGGUCUUUCUGAAAACAGCCCCCCAUACUGAUUUGUGAAGAAUGGCACAUGUUCCUUUCGAACGCCCAGACUCUGCUUCAUGUGCACACUCCUUUCUUUUGUCCUGCUGUUGCCUCUAGUCCCACAGGUUGUGGAGAAGACACAAAAACCUGCCAACCCCUUUUUUUCUGGGGUCAUAGCGGGACAGGCCUAGAUGCUGUGAACAGCACUUCACUCAGAGCCAGGCUACAAGUGAUGCCUUACACAGGUUGGACAUUUGUCAGCUUACCUCAAGUUUUGAUGGGAAAUGUAGGCGUCCUGGUUUUACAACUUGGCUCUCCAUUACAGCUGCAAGACCAGGAUGCCUGUAUUUCCCAUCAAAACUUGAGGGAAGCUGACAAGUGUCCAACCCGUGUCAGGCGUCACUUGUAGCUUGGCUCUCACUGCGUCAAACCCCCCCCCUUUAAUCCUCAGGGCAGGCAGCCUCUCUUUCCAGCUUCACUGAGGCAGGUGGAUGAAUCCCGGUGGGACUGGCGGCACGACCCAGUGGGAAAUGCACGGCCUGCGUCUUGUGCAGGAGAACUUCCUUCUGGAUCCUCCUGAAUCCCUUUGCUCAAGAGCAAGCCUGCCAAAGACAGCGGGGCUUCAGCCUUAGGUCUGCCACGUCACCUGCCGUGAGUGAAUCUCAGAGGGAGCUUAGUGGUGUCUUGGAAAACUACCCAGGAAUGUAAAUACACAGUUAAAUGUUUAAUAUAUUAAAGCGGAAGACUUUUAUGGUAAGCUAGCAGUUGCAUUGGGAGGAGUAGCCAUUAUUUUUCGUGGGGGAGGCAAUCUGCAGAAUGCUCUCUGCACACGAUCCAAAAGGGCUUGCACGGGGGAAGGAACAGCGCUGGCAUUUUAUGGUCUUUGAGCAGAAAUUUGCUCUCUGUUAAGCCUGUGGAGUUAUCGUUCUGCUAAAAUGGCAGAAAUACCAAAGAAAGAAUCGGUGCUUUGUAAGAUCAGCUCUUUGCAGAUGACAAUCAGCAGCCCCGUUGAUUGGGGUCCAGUUGCACGAACUCAGGUGUGUGCCCUCAAGCCACGCUUGCAUGCAAACCACGGAUCUGCAUCCUGCGCUCCGUCUGAUUUCGGGAACCUCGGCUGGCCCUGCAGUCUUGCCCCUGCAGCCAGAGCCGGGCUUAGGAGGAGUCCAAUAACCAGGGUGUACGUAGCAUCUGUACUUAGGGAAUGCCACCCCGUGCCAGCCCUGUGGUGUUGUGCUCCACCAGCACCUACUGCCAAGUGCAAGGAGUAAGUAUCUUGGCCAUUAGCAGUUAAUGGAAAGGAAAGAAUUUUGACAACGCGAAUGUAGAGGGAGGGCAGGGCCGGCAUCAGCACCCGGUGAGGGGGCGCAGCAGCCAGAGGGGAGCCGUGGCUUCUGGUGGGGCCCACGGCUGCUGGCUCCCUGAUGCCGGCCUCACACACCCUUCCGCUGCCCGCCUGCGAGGGCCCCGUCCCCUGUGGUCCCAGCUGCACAUGCUGCCCAGCACUGCGGGAGAAGAGCCCGUGGGGGAUGCACAAAGCACCAGCGUUCCCGGGGCCGUGGUGGCGGGAAUCCCGGCUGCACCCUCCGCCCAGCACCAUCGGGGAAGGGGCAUGCAGGCCAUGUGGGCAGCUGGGACUGCAGGUGGUGGGAGAACUUGGGGGUGGGCAAAGGACAGUUGGGGGCAUGUGGGUAGGUGGGACAGCAAGAAGGAGCUUCUAGUAGUUGGCAUGGGGUAGGGGCUCCCAAAACCAGGAUCUGGCCCUAAGGGAGGGGCAUGGGCACGGUGGGACAUGAGCUGAUUUUUAUGUGCCAGUCUUGUCAGCCACGCGUGCCAGAAACGGAAGCCUGUUUAACUGUCAGAUCUGCCUUCCCAACGCCAGAGUCUGUUGUAAUCCUGCAAGAUCAUGAAGGUUUUCCGGCCGAGAAUUCUUCACGCUGCUCUUCCAGGAGGACCCCCACUCUUCCUCGGGGGAAGUCUAGCCGCUGAAAGGGCUCAGACCCACUCGGCUUGGCUCCGGAGGCACAUUUCUGGAAGGCGGGAGAGGCGGGCCGGGAGGCAAAUGUCUUCCUGAGCACCUUUUCUGUUGUGUGUUUAUUGAUUUCUGUUUUGGUUUUUAAUUGCUGGCUCCUCCAUUGGGGGAGGGGGGUGAUUUUUGGCUGAAAAUCAAUAUUGUAAAUUAAAACCAAAUCAUUCCCCUCCUACCGGGAAAUAAUAGCAGCCCUGAAAUAGUUUAGUACACAUCGGCGUUGUUAAUCUGCAAGCGUUUGACAUUAAAAUACGUCUAUUUUUGAA